AGCGAGACUGGGGGGGCAGACACGGAGAGCGGCGCUCCGUCUCCGUUUCAUUCAUUGCGCCUUGUCCUUCUGAAAGCUCCAUCCACUGAGCGCGGCGGUCUUUUCCACUGUCAGUUAAAACCUGAAGGACUAUGAUUAAUAGACUCAUCACCCAACUGGAAAUACUGUGACUUGUAUCUUCUGUAUCUCCAUGAGAAAAAUGAGGACUAUUUUAAUGGGCAUUGUUUGGCUCUGUCUUUGCCUGACCCUGGAUACAUUGUUUUUAAAUGGAAGAAGGACACACACCGUAGAUGAAGAGGAAAUAGAAGCAGCCAUCAGAGAAAAGAAGCUGCUUAAAAGAGUGAGGCGAGGCUGGAUGUGGAACCAGUUUUUCCUGCAGGAGGAGUAUACAGGCACUGACCACCAGUACAUUGGCAAGCUCCAGUCAGACCAGGACCAUGGUAGUGGCUUAGUAAAGUAUGUCCUCUCCGGCGAUGGGGCAGGCAGCAUCUUUGUCAUUAAUGAGGAUAACGGUGACCUGCACGCCACCCGCCGCCUUGAUCGAGAGGAGAAGGCCUUUUACAUCCUCAGAGCCACAGUGGUCAACAAACGGACGGGCCAAAAACUGGAGCCAGAGACUGAGUUUACCAUCAAACUCCAUGACAUCAAUGAUAAUGAACCACAGUUCAGCAAAGAGGUUUACACCGCCAGUGUUCCUGAGAGGUCUGAUAUUGGUACGUCGGUCAUCCAGGUGACAGCUACAGAUGCUGAUGACAGUAUGUAUGGUAACAGUGCCAAACUGGUCUACAGCAUCAGCCAGGGACACCCAUACUUCUCUGUGGAGCCAAACACUGGUGUGAUCCGGACAGCCCUGGGUCCUGGUGACAUGGACCGUGAGCAGAGGGAACACUACCAGGUGGUGAUCGAAGCCAAAGACAUGGCUGGACAGAGAGGAGGCCUCACUGGUAGCACUGUGGUUAACAUCACCCUCACUGAUGUCAACGACAACCCUCCCCGUUUCUCUCAAAGUAUAUACCAGUUUAGAGUUCCUGAAUCCUCCAAGUCUGGAACUACAGUUGGAAGAAUUCAGGCCACUGAUAGAGACAUUGGGAAGAAUGCUGAGAUGGACUUCACGAUCAUCAGUGGUGACGGCAUGGACAUGUUUGACAUUUCCACUGACAAAGCCACACAAGAGGGAGUCAUCACCGUCAGCAAGCCUUUGGAUUAUGAGAAGAAACCAUCAUACACCGUAGAGAUCCAGGUCCAGAACACCCAGGAAGAUCCUCGCUUCAUGUCCUCAGGCUCCAAAGACAUGGCCACGGUUCGGAUCGCCGUGGAGGAUGUGGAUGAGCCACCUCUGUUUGACAAAGCCAGCUACCUGAUGGAGGUGAAAGAAGACGCUGCGGUGGGCACAGCCGUGGGCUCAGUUAGUGCCAUGGACCCUGACAGAGCUCGCAGCAAUGUCAGGUACUCCAUCGACCGGCGCACUGACAUGGACCACCUCUUCAGCAUCUAUCCAGGGAAUGGAUCUGUCCUCCUGCUCAAAAGCUUGGACAGAGAGGAGACUGCCUGGCACAAUAUUUCAAUUGUUGCCACAGAGUUCAAUAAUCCCCGUCAGAGCAGCCACGUCACCGUCUACAUCCGCCUGGUGGACAUCAAUGACAACGCUCCCACGUUUGCCACUGUGUAUGAAACCUUUGUCUGUGAGAAAACCAAGGCCGGACAGCGGAUUCAGACAGUGAGCGCGGUCGAUGCUGAUGACCCGUCUUCAGGACACAAGUUUUUCUUCAGCCUGGCUCCAGAGGGGGCACACCGCAGCAACUUCAGUGUCCGAGACAAUGGAGAUAACACUGCUGGCAUCCUGACUCGUCGAGCCACCUACAGUCGCUUUUACCAGAGUGUCUACCUGGUUCCUGUGGUGAUAACUGAUGGCGACUACCCCAUGCAGAGCAGCACUGGCACACUUACUGUGAGGGUGUGUAAAUGUGACCGUGAAGGCAACAUGGAGCUUUGUAACUCAGAAGCUCUGAGUAGCUCGCCUGGCCUCAGCACCGGAGCCCUCAUUGCCAUCCUCCUGUGUGCGGUCAUACUGCUCAUGAUUGUGGUUCUGUUCACGGCAUUAAAACGCCAAAGGAAGCAGGAACCUCUCAUCAUCUCUAAAGAGGAUGUCAGGGACAACGUGGUUAGCUACAAUGACGAGGGUGGUGGUGAGGAGGACACCCAGGCUUUUGAUAUUGGUGCCCUCCGACACCCUGAUGCCGCGGCCGCCUUGGAAGAGUGUGGUAAACAGAGGCGUGACAUCAUUCCCACUGAUACUCUGCUGUACCCACCACAUUGCCACCUUGCCCCUGCUCCCUCCAGCCUCCUCAUGCCCCCAGUAAGCAUGGCUCCACAGGAUAAUGGGGAUGUACAUGAGUUCAUCAGCCAGAGAGUGAUGGAGAACGACUGCAACCCUACAGCACCACCAUACGACUCACUGGCCACUUACGCCUAUGAGGGAGCGGGGUCAGUGGCUGAGUCUCUUAGCUCACUGGGCACGGCUUCAUCUGAGGCUGAACAGGACUACAACUACCUGAGUGACUGGGGGCCGCGGUUCAGGAAACUAGCUGACCUGUAUGGGGCUGACGAUAGUGACUUCUCCUAACAGUUACACUGUCCAUGUCAAAGAUGAGUUCAGGUGACGUUUAGACCAGUGCAGGGCUGAUGACAGCUACUAGCUCAGUAUUAGAGGCUGAGAAAGUUGCUGCUGAGCUUUAAGAAAAUGUGAGAACUUAAGCACACACACACACACACACACACACACACACACACACACACACACACACACACACACACACACACACACGAUAAACCAACAGAUGUGCUGGUAGGUCUCAGUUCCAUUAAAAUGAUAUUCAGGAUCCCCAGCUGACCUUUGAUCUGCCUUUACUGCACACCAAUCCAGAAAUGGGAUUUGCCAAGUCAUUUACAAAGGGGGCAAAAGUCUUAAAUGUCUAUUUUUUGGGAACAUAUGUAGAGAUGUUAAUCAACCAGCACAACAGUGGAGCCCAAAGAUCUUCAGCUCUACCCACGUGAACCUCCUUCAAAGACUCGUGUCAGGCCUAAAUGGAGUUUAGAGCCAAAAUUGGACUCUUUUUAUUGAGAAUUGGACUUUUAAUACUUUCUUUGGUUUUCUUUAAAUUUUCUUGGUAACCAAAAGAAAACAUUUUGCAGAGUGUUUCUGUGGCUUUACAUCUGCCAUUCAAGGCAAACUGAAUCAAACGUUGAGAAGGACGUCAUCAGAAAAGCCCACCAUAGUUGUUUCAGGCCCGAGCCGAACACACAACACUGGAGAUGUGACGUGUGUGGAAAGAUGAGUUGUUCUUUCUUUCUUUUGAACUAAGUGCCCUUCUGCUGCCCUUCAAACUGAACUGCGGAUGCCUGUUGGCUGGCUGAGACUGGAGGGGGCUAAUGAAUCUUA